ACGUCAUGUGACCCCCACCUGCGUGACGUCACCGCUAGUUUGCGGCGCAGGUGGCGAAUCCCGGAAAACACAAACGACAAAAAAAAUGUAUGUCAUCUAAAUGAAAGAAGAGUCUUUCUUCGCAUUUUGGCGAAAAUAUAUAAUCUCCGUGAUAAAUGACGAGCGUUCAGCAUGUCUACCCCUGACUGCGUUGGUCUGGCCCGCUGUAAGUUUGUCCUGGUGUUUGCGGUCCUUAUGGAUGUUUUCGGGGUGUCUGCUCUUCUGGUCGGCGUCUUCGUCCCUCUUGAGAUCGGGGAUCGCGACUUUGGGGAUCUGUUGGUGUACUCGGGAGCUCUGCUGGUGUUGCUGUCUAUGGGGGGCUGGAUCAUGUGGUACAGUGGAAAUAUUGAGGGUUUGAUAUCAGGGAACGAGCUUCCACACAAGCGCAACGCCGUGGACCGCUUCGUUCGCACCCUGAGCCGCCGCAUGAGGAAACCCCACCGGGGCCACAGCACGCCCUGACCCCUGACCCCUCGGCACACACAAAGAGCA